AUGAUCCGUACGUUAUUCAGCGUACCGCCGUUGCUCAUCGCUAAAGGUGCAAUCUCUGGAGCGAUUUGGGAUACCUGGAUGCGAAAAGAACAGCUGAACGACGAAGGCGAUCCCCUUCUCAUGGACCCCGAAAUCAUCGAAACAGCUGUAGCGGACCAACUUCACACCGACUUACUCUCACCAGACCAACUCUACAAGAAUAUCGUAGCCCGUUGUCACGAAUUCUACGAAUGCACUAAAAGGAUCUCGUUCCUAAAUUCGCGUGUCCGGAACCUCCAUACAUCUAAAGCCGACUGGAAAGAGCGUUUCCAUGAAUUGGAAUUGCUGGAAAUUAGGUGCAAUCUCUGGAGCGAUUUGGGAUACCUGGAUGCGAAAAGAACAGCUGAACGACGAAGGCGAUCCCCUUCUCAUGGACCCCGAAAUCAUCGAAACAGCUGUAGCGGACCAACUUCACACCGACUUACUCUCAGUGACCUUCGUACUGCCCUUCAAAACGACGAUAUAGUGAACGCAACAACUUUCCAAGAAUCUGUGACCGAGAAACUCCGUCAGAUUCAAUCCACGUUGGACGAGGUCAUUCAACAGAGAAACAACGUCGAAAUGAUUGAUCCACAAGAACCUCCGCCGGUGGGGGAGGGCGUUCCCUUGGAAGCGCAAGAACAAGAAAGCAUACGCGAAAAUGCCGAAAAUUAUGAUUUAGAAGCAGAAGGUGAAGAUGCGCAACUAAGACACCCUCCAGAGCCUGAAAAUCAGGAACAAGAAGACGAGCAGCUAAGAAAUCCUCCAGAACCUGAAAUUCAGGAGCGAGAAGAUGCGCGACCGGAGAACCCACCAGAGCUCGAAAAUCAGGAACGAGAAGAUGAUCUGCCGAGAAAUGCUCAAUAG